GUCGUGGUCAGUGAAUCACACACACAAACACAACGACUCUCACCGCGGCGGAGCAAACAAACACAACAACCUAAACUCCACACAAAGUUGUUCCUCCGGUCUCGUCGGACCUGUUUCCCCGGGUCCAGAACGCCCCUCAACGGUGAAGUUGUUGGCGGUGAACGAGGUGUUCAACAUCUUCUUCAGCGACACCCCCUCCUUCCUCCCAGCCCUUUGACUCCACCUGCUUCGCGAUGUCAUCUCAGGCCACGCCCAUCGAGGGAUUACGCCCGGUGACCCCCCCGCUGACCUCCGCGGGAUCCCCAUGUUCCCCAGUGUCUUCAGGUAAAGGCCGAUUACCGGCCUGCAGACAAAGAGACCGCUCACCUUCCCCCAUGAGAGGAUACCUCAUCCCCAGCCCCCUGCCCACACGCAGAAACCGGACCUGCUCGGCGACUGCUCGUGCGUCAGAGGGUCCGGCCUUCACCGGCGUGUGUAAGUGCUUUUCCCGCUCAAAGGGCCACGGCUUCAUCACGCCGUCCGACGGGGGCGCCGACAUCUUCGUCCACAUCUCGGACAUCGAGGGCGAGUACGUGCUGAUGGAAGGCGACGAGGUGAGCUACAAAAUCUGCUCCAUCCCUCCCAAGCAGCAGAAGGUGCAGGCGGUGGACGUGACCAUCACUCACCUCAAGCCGGGGACCAAGCACGAGACCUGGGCCGGGCGCAUCGUCAGCAGCUGAGCGCCGUCCCUCACCGAGGGAGGGGUGGGGGGAGGUUUGAUAUCAGAGUAGUAGGGUGAUGAGGUUUGAAGUUCAGAGUCAUUGGUGUGAAAAUAAGAUGUGUUGGAUGCAUCAGUUACAUAUUAAUCAUCUCAUAGUUCACUUGUGUGGACAUUUUAGAGGGUGGGGGGGAGUGCUCUUCCUCUUCCUCUCUUUUACCUGGGAAGUGAGUAUACUUUGGGAGAACUGCUAAAUGAAUAGAUAUAUGAUUCCGGGGGAGCAUACGUUUAUCAUAGAAGCAACAUGAUGUUUCCUGCUUGCAUGUGUAGACCCCCUGCAUUACUGUCCUCUUCUUUGGGGUGUUGCUUCUUCCGGGUUAGCUGCGUGACCUCCGUCGACCCGGAGGACUCUCGGCUCUGUGUGUGCCUACUCAUCCCGACCUCUCGUCUGUGUUGCAUCAUGUGGCUGUGGCUAUGCUUAUUAAAAUCUUUUUCAAUCGGGU